AUGUCAGCCUACUUCGAGCCCGAGGAGCUCCGCUUUAUCCUCGAACAGCUGGCCAGGGACCCGCAUACGGAGGAAUUCAGGAGUAAGAGAUUCCGUGAGACUUAUUCUCCAUUCAACCCUGCCCACCAUGACCACCGCGGCGGCGGCUACGACGACAAAGGCCGUGAAGUCAGGAUGUCGGAGAUUUCCGAGACUCCUCGGUCUGCAAGGAAGCCUACUCCCCUUCCAACUAUGGCGUCUGGUCAGGAGCCGAGUACCCCGUAUCCUGUGGGCGCGGGUGGCGCAGGGAAAAACCGAGCUCUGGCAACCUGCAACGUCGAGCAGAUUGGACAGAUCGGAAUCUGUGAGCGUAUAAAACACUGGCGUCGGUCGUCCUGCCACUGGCCUUUUCCCAAUGCCCCCGUGGCAGAAGGCGUACGCUAUGCGGCCAGCGUCGACCAGCUGGAAUUCCUCACGGAGAUUGCUACCUCUAACAGCGGCUCUAUAAACGGAGAUUGCAUUCAUGUGAACGGUGAUAUCGAAAUCCACGGCGCUCGCAUUAGCCCCGGUUCUCAGCAGCCUAUACUCCACCCUCCUGCAAAAAAGACCAGGGGCGGCAAGGCCCAGAAGCGCAAGAACAAAAACUUCACCUCUGGGCCUCCCCCAAAGAAUGGAGAGGAAAAGUCUCUUCCCGGACAAUCGGACGAAAUCAAUCAAGCGAUAAAUGCCAAGGACUUCUUUUUCAGCAAGAGACGUCGCAGCGCUCGCAUCGCAGCUCUCACUAAAGCUAAAAAAUGA